AUGUUUUCAUCUUUGGCUCUUUUUCACUCAUUGCCGUGUCCAGAGAGAAAUAAUUGUAAUCGUCUAUCAUGUAUAUUCUCUCAUAGCCUAGAUCUACCUUCUCAUCAUUCGCUGAACAUCACCGUACAGAAAGCUCAGCCCCUCCUACAGACGUCAUCUGCCGACGUCGUACCUCAUGCCGCAGUGCCCUCAAAGCGACCCUUUCAUAACAUAGCACAGGGUCCGUCAUCCAGUAGCAAUGUGGCCCCAAGCGGUCCCCCAACACAACGUCUCAGAGUCGGCACUGCACAGAAGCCAGUUGCCGUCUCUGCCGCUUCGCAUACUAGUACCGGCGUACCGAUUAUUAGAAUUAAUGCUGCACAAUCUCAAGUCGCCCUCCCAGUUCGUCAAGCAAUGCUGAAGACACUGUAUGAGCACUUUGUCGUCCUUUACGACACUAUACUGCCCUUAAACCCGACCCUUGCCUCUGAGCAUGCCCUUCGUCAAGAGGAACAAGUCUAUACCAAGUCCACUAAGUUGACAUAUCGCAACGCUGUCAUAAAUUCAAUAGCAGCUUUGAAGCGACGUCCAAUACCUGCGUCUAUAUCACAUCCUUCUGUUGGAACUGAGGAAGAUUUAGCGACUCGCGCAGAAUCCAGGAAAAAAUUAAAUGACCUCCAGGUAACUCGACUCCUUCUCAAACCAAUCGUCAUGUCUUUGGCGGCCAUGCAAACGUGGGGCUUUAUUACCGAAGUGCCUGAAGGGCUUGGAGGCGAUCAGCCGGGUGCUGAAGGCAAAAUCACUCAAUGCGAACGGUGUACCCAGUCAUACAUGGUCAAAAACAAUCCCAUAGCAGAAGAAUGUCAAUAUCACUGGGGAAGGCUCUUCACGCACAAAGUCAAUGGCGAGCGUAUGCGUUCCUAUUCUUGCUGCCAGAAGCCAGCGGAGGAAGGCGGGUGUACCAGAGGCCACCAUGUCUUUUACGAGUCUAAAGCAGAAGAUUUGCACUCACGUCAUGCAUUCUCAUUUACACGCCCAUCAGUCGCUGAUACGGAGACGGAUACAGCCUUAGAUGUCGUGGCCUUAGACUGCGAGAUGAUUUACACAACUGGAGGUCUGCGCGUCGCCCGUGUUUCGGUUGUCGAUGGUUCCGGGAAACAAGUUUUCGAUGAGCUAGUAAGAAUGGAUGACGGGGUUGAAGUCAACUAUAACACACGAUUCUCAGGCGUUACCCAGGAAGAGCAUGCGCAGGCUAUGCUCUCAUUAUCUUCUAUACGCAAGUCCCUUGACGCAUUCAUUAACCGCGAUACCAUCGUCAUCGGUCACGCCCUUCACAACGAUCUUAACACACUUCGGAUAAUCCACCACCAAUGUGUCGAUACAGCUAUUAUCUUCCCUCAUCGCGCAGGUCCUCCAUAUCGACGUUCUUUGAGGGAUUUGGCGAAAGAACACCUCGGUCUCACAAUCCAGGCUGGUGGAGGAACAAGCGGUCAUUCUUCAGUGGAGGACUCUAUAGCAACACUUGAUCUUGUGAGGUGGUAUAUCCUGAACAAGCUAAAACCGACUGGAAAGAUAUAG